CAUUGCUUUAGCUGCCUUGAACUGCUGAUGGCAUAGAACCAUGCCACGACAAGGAAGGAAGCGAAAGAAGACGCGCACCGAGAAGGAGCCUGAACAGGGGGAGCGACAGAAGAAGUUGAUCCCCCGUUGCUUCGUCAUCAAGCGCGGAGAGGUGGGAGAUCGCAUCAAGGAUUUGGUGCAAGACUUUCGGAAUGUGAUGAUGCCGAACAGUGCAAAAGCAUUGAAGGAGUCGAAGAGCAAUCGGGUGGAAGACUUCAUCGCGGUUGCGAGCCACUUCAAUGUGACGCAUCUCAUCAUCUUCAGUGCCACCAAAGCUGCGACCUACAUGAAGCUGGCCCGGCUGCCGCAAGGGCCCACGCUCACGUUCCGGGUGGACAGCUUCACCUUGGCAAGAGAAGUGCGCGCCGCACAACGACGUCCGCAGGGCAGUUCUCGAGAUUUCACCAGCCCGCCCUUGCAGGUGCUGAAUGGUUUGGGAGGUCCCAAGGACUCCCCGGAGGGCACCGGAGGUGGCAAGUCGCUGAAGAUGCCGGAACGUCAGUUGCUGGCGGAAAUGCUGCGAGGCACUUUCCCAGCGAUCGACGUGCCCACCUUCAACCAGGCAGAAUGUCGUCGGGCCGCGCUCUUCCAUUACGACCGAGAGAACGACGCCAUCUUCUUUCGGCAUUUCGUGGUGGGCCGGCGCCAGCUGGGCCUCGAGCGCGGGAUCAAGAAGCUGACCAAGUUCAACCGUUUGCCGAACCUCUCUGGCAAGGCGGACAUCGCCGACUUCGUCACCGGCGGCGGCGCGGUGACCUCGGAGUCAGAGGUGGACGAAGCGGCCGAGAUCCCCGGCACCUGGAAGAGUGGCCGCGUGGCCGUGCGGCUGUCGGAGGCCGGGCCAAGGCUGCGGCUGCUGCUCAUCAAGGCUGAAGAGGGUGUUUGCACUGGCGGCGUGAUGUACCACCGCUUCCUCACAAAGACACCCUCUCAGCAGCAGGUACUCCAGGAACGAGCCCGGCAGCGACAGAAGCUCAAAGAGCGCAAUGCUCGUUUGGAAGCAAAGGCCAAAGCGGUAAAGAAGCGAAAAAAAGAUAAAUCCAAGGAUGACGACGAGGAGGAAGACAAGGCAGACCUCAACAUGGAUGAUGAUGACUGAGCCAAGGCACUCACUUGAUCGCAUUAUGAAUCCCACACACACACACAAAAAGAAGAGAUGCAUUUGUAUUUUUUUUGCUAGCUUGCUCUUACUCACGAAGUACAAGUCCUGGCUUGCAGUUCUAUUUGGAGAUUGAUACUCCGUUGCUUUGUGGCUUCGUGUCUCAACAUGGACACAUGCUUGGGCGAGUCAGAGGACCAGACCACUGGUGCAAGGAACAUGGCGUACAUGCUGCACCAUGCCGCGCCUGCCGGAAAAAAGAGAGUGCACCAACGGCUUAAACGGAUGCGUGUUGAAUGUCCAACGGUUAGGCCAUCCACUGAAGAGCCGGAUCGUGGGGUUAGUUCUUGUGGUUCAAUGCUGGGUUAGGGAGCGCGAUGUGAGUGUUUUUAUGUGGAUCUUCCAUGGUCUUUGCUUUGUUUGAGACUUUGUGCAAAUUGACGCCAUAGCCCAUAGCCAUUGUGUGUUGGUAAUCAUAUGUAAUCACGGUAU